AGUGUGAGUAAACAUAUGAUUGAAUUGUUUUGAUUGAAGUCUCAAAUCAUGUAACCGUUCACUGAUUGACUGAAUGCCAGACUAUAAGACAUUGUCUUCAUUUCAAAUCCAAUUACUUGUCAUUCAUUUGUGUUGUGGUUGUAGUGAUUGACGCCAUUGUGGACCAAUAGGUGACCAAUUGAUGCAGUGAAUCGGUGAUAAUCUUUUCGUUCAGUGGUGGUGUUGAUGGAGAUGUCAGUGAAAGACUUGGAGAAGUUUGUGCGCCAUUUCGUGCUGAAGUGCGUGCAAGUGAUCGUUCAGUCAAGACUUGGGUCCCAACGCAUCAAAACCGAGUCCAACAACAGAGGCAACGAUUGGUUCAAUUUGGCCAUCAAUGACAUCAAAGACAUCAACGAACAGACGCGGAAGUGCUUGGAGUCGAUUGGAUGCGAUCUGGACUGCCAUCAGAAGCAGACCAACACUUCGCUGAUGACCAUUAAAAGCGAUUGGAAGAUAUGCUGCGAGAUAUCGCUGAAGACGAGUGAUGGCAACUCAAUGACUCUGGAGUACUGGUUCGUGACCAAUGAGAUGAGCGACGCGUCGGGUAACGAGAGCUCAUCGCCGACACAACGCCAGCCCUCCGCCAACUCACCGACGCUUAUAAUAUACAACAUAUACAACAAAAUGAGUUUAAUGUUGAAGUCAUUGAUAUCAGUGACGAGAGCCACCCCCGCCUACAAACUCAGCCAAAGGGGUCAAAGUCCCGACUCUUAUGUCAUCUGCUAUCGGGUCUAUCGAUGCGAUUCCGACACCAAUGUCUUCGCUUCCGAAGAAGAAGCCCAACACUUCUCGUCCGCCAAACAGUUGGGAUCCAUUAGAAGUGCUUUCAAUGAACUCUUCGUGUCAUUCAUAUAUCGAACUGAUUUGACAAUCGGUUCCAAAACAUUCAAUGAUAACAUCACUACAAACAUCACUUCUAUCCCCAAAAGCCCUCAAUUGCUUCCUCUGAAGAGCGAUCACUUCAAGAAAGAGGAGAGACUUAAGACUAUUGAGGAAAGGGAUCCCUCGAAACCAUUGAUGGCCGCCUUCGCCACAACGGAUAACAACGCGGAACAUCUAAUACUCAUACCUGAGGCGCCGUUCAGUAAUCUAUUACCAAAUGAAGAUACAAUUGACAGUUCAAAGAGGAUAUCAUUGCUAAAAGUUCCACAAAAAUCAGAUCCAAUAGUCAUCCCCACGAAGAGCGUCAUCGAGAACAGCAUGACAUCGUCGCCCAUCUAUUCCUCUUCAGGCGAUUCCUUCGUAUUCGUCGAACUGAAGGCGCCGUUCGCUUGCGAAGAGGACCACGAGUUGGGCUCCUUCUUCAACGGACCGACGCCUGCAUUCACGGGCAGUGGCGCCGACUCGAUGGGAGACCUGUCAGAGCUGACCACUACGUUAGCCGAACUCGAGUCCAACGCUCAACAAUGGGAUAGUUUUGUUGAAUCUAUUUGUUUGUCCGAUAAUGAAGACCACAUCAAAGAUGUCUAACAAAUACUUUAUUUUACCCAUUGUUUCCAUUAUAAGAUUAAUUUUUUUAAAGCCAAU